CUUCAUUGCCAUCAUCGUCAUCAAGUCGGUUUAUUUUUUGUUUUUUGUAUCGUUUUUUGUUUCACAAGAUGGUUGUUGUACAAGAUUGAUCCUCUGCGGUUGCUAAAUGAACGCCUCCGGGGAGUUGCCAGUGCGCUUUUAUUAGCGUUUUCGAUCCAGAAUGGAUCGUAACCACAGCAGCCAACAAGCGGGAGUCGAAGUGAACGAAUGGCUAAAGGCCCGACAACAGACACACACGCAGAUAGAUACAGUUGUGGUCACAAGAAUAGUGAUGCACAUCACCAAGGGAAACAAUUCAACUCUUGCAUAAACAGAUAAAGGAAUCUCUGUGAAAUCUUUAAGUGCUUAAAAACUAUUUAUAGGUAUAAGCCGGUAAUCCUAUUAUGACCACUCUAUUUCUCGAUAUCUUUUGUGUCCUUCUUAAGACCUUGAAAAGUUAGGAUACUAUUAUUUUGAUCCCCAUUGUUCAAGCACAAAUAAACGAGAGCAAAAAAAAAAAAAAAACGCAGACAGUCUUGCGUUUCGCUAAUAAUUCUUGGCUCUUGUUUCUGUUUUGAUUCGGCUCGAAUCGCGAUAAUUUGAUUUCCCCCAAGAGCAGCCCAUGCGAUUGCGAUUGCGUUGGCGGCGGCUGUUUAGGAUCAACACGCUCGAGGCGGCGGCUGCUCGGCGUUCAAUUAAAUUAAGUGCAGCGGGUUUCCUUUUUGGUUUUUUUUUUUAUUAUUAUUUUCCUUGUGGCAUGCCACACCAGCUCCGCUCAACUGAACCCAACCCAACUCAACUCAACUCAACUCAAGUGGCGAUCAUGCCACUUAGGCGACGGUCUGAAAACGAGCCCGAGAUGCCAAGAGCACAAGAUGAAGAGGGAGUAGGAGCAGACCGGGCUAGUAGACACACAACAUUCAAUUGCUUUUCCAAUCUAUUGAUCACUUGAAAGAAAUGUGUAUGUGCGCGCCCCUUUCCGUCCAUUGAUGGGCUCCGGGAAUUUAUGACUUCAUUCCCUCAACAGAUCUUUUGUUCGUGUCACCAGCAAUUUGCUGUCCUCAAUUACGAGUUACGAGUUUCCCUUUCUGGAUCUCGCCAUCUAAUGAGUUGCACACACAAGUUGUUGGGAUGCAGGGAGCCAUCGAUUCGGUUGUUUAUACUUCCCCGAUUUUCGUCAGGGGAAUCAAGAAUUAUCGAUCCGUUGAGGGUUCUGUUUUAAUUGAAGUCCCUUGGGCUUUGAAUAUUUGCAAGGGUACGAUUCGUUAAAAAAACUAUAAUAUACUUUUAAAAUAUUCGUGCAAAUUAUUAUUAUUCUAUUAAAAGUUACUUUUAUAAGGUGUAACUGAUGUCAUCAAUUGAAAUGUAGAUUUAUAGUUAUUCAUAUUUAACAAAAAACAAACCAGAACACUUAUAUGGCGUGCUUGUUGCUAACCCAAAUUGGCAUUUGUACAAUCUGAUAAAUCGAAAACAAGCCGAAAACAUUUAACGUUAGGUAAAUUUAUAAAACCCCAGCUAUAUAAACCAUAAAAAUCUGCUCAAUGUAAUUGAAUUUGAACCAAAAUGCUACCACGUUUGCUACUGCCCAUCAUUGGAGGAGUAUUAAUACUUUUGAUAGUUGAUCAAUGCAAUGGCAAGCGCAAGUGGGACUACGAACCGCUGUCCAUUGAAACCUAUACCACGGAUGAGACUAAGCUGAAGAUUGCGGCCAAAGUGGAGCGAGUCGGUAGGGGAGAAUAUGCCCUUUCUGGCAACAUUGAAUUUAAGUACACACCAGAAGAUAAUACCAUGGUUGAAGCAAUGGCCUAUCGAAGCACCUCCGGGGACGAAAAUGACUACAAGAUUAUGCCGUUUAGCAUCCCGAAACAGCCAUAUGUUGAGUUCAUGAACAGCCACUAUAAGAACGUAGUGCUACCAAAUCUGGGCGAUUGUUCCAAUCUCAUCAAGUUUGAUGGCAAAUUCGAGCCACCGUGGCCCCAGGAUACGUACGUGUUGGAAAAGUGUGUGGCAAACAGUGAUGGUUUUCCGGAUAUGGUUCCCGAGGGCUACUACAAGGUCAAUUUCACCUUGACGAAUCCCGUGGAUUGGGGAUUCAUUCUGAUUGUGAAGAUAACCACAAAACUUGUCUGAUUUCCACGUGGGCGAUCACUUAAAUAGGUAUUAUCAAAAGUACCUAUGUAUAUUCCUAUUAUAAAGCACGUAGAGAGUAGUUGACAUAAAAAGCAAUAAAUGAAGCAUCAAAGAC